GAGCGGCCGGCCGAGUAGCGGGUGCGGAGCGGCGCAGCUACUGUCUUCUCCGCCACCAUGGGGUCCCAGCUGAGCACGUUGAGCCACGUGGUGCUCUCUCUUGUCUGGUUCCUCUACAGCCUCUUCAUGAAGCUGUUCCAGCGCUCUUCACCGGCCAUCACCCUCGAGAACCCUGACAUCAAGUAUCCGCUGCGGCUCAUCGACAAGGAGAUCAUUAGUCACGACACACGGCGCUUCAGCUUCGCUCUGCCUUCGCCUCAGCACAUCCUGGGCCUUCCCAUUGGCCAGCACAUCUACCUCUCAAGUAGAAUCGAUGGGAACUUGGUCAUUCGGCCCUACACUCCCGUCUCUAGCGAUGACGACAAGGGCUUCGUGGACUUGGUGGUCAAGGUUUACUUCAAGGAUACCCAUCCCAAGUUUCCUGCUGGAGGGAAGAUGUCCCAGUACCUGGAAAACAUGAAUAUCGGAGACACCAUUGAAUUCCGGGGUCCCAAUGGGCUGCUGGUCUACCAGGGCAAAGGGAAGUUUGCCAUCCGCGCAGACAAGAAGUCCAACCCUGUUGUAAGGACAGUGAAGUCUGUAGGCAUGAUUGCAGGAGGGACAGGCAUCACCCCAAUGCUUCAAGUGAUUCGCGCUGUCAUGAAGGACCCAAACGACCACACCGUGUGCUACCUGCUCUUCGCCAACCAGUCCGAGAAAGACAUCCUGCUGCGGCCUGAGCUGGAGGAGUUGAGGAACGAACAUUCUGCUCGCUUCAAACUGUGGUACACAGUGGACAAAGCCCCGGACGACUGGAACUACAGCCAGGGCUUCGUGAAUGAGGAGAUGAUCAGGGACCACCUCCCACCUCCCGGGGAGGAGACGCUGAUACUGAUGUGUGGACCUCCACCCAUGAUCCAGUUUGCCUGUUUGCCAAACCUGGAGCGUGUGGGCCACCCCAAGGAGCGAUGCUUUACCUUCUGAUGGCUGGACGCUGGCCACUACCAUGCCUGCUGCUCAUGUAUUCACCAUAGCUACCUGUCCACCCUUUCCUUCCCCACCACUGUCCCACACCUAACAUAAGCUCACAUCCAUACUGGGGCCUGGGUUCAGCCUGGUCUGCCCGGCCCUGGUCAUCCAGCUGUACUGGCCCCUGAGGGGCCCCUUUGGGAUCAGGACUUUGUAUCAGGUGGCCCCUGUUGACCACUUUCUGCAUAGGCUCCUGUUUGGCACUAACUAGCCAUUAUCAGAGAUGUCUCAUGACGCCCUUAGACACACACCA